AUGAUCGUACCACGUCAACCUCGUGCCCCGACCGCUACACACCCCCUGCCCCCUCAUGCCAUCCGCUCCCCCCGCCCCUACCCUCCGCGUGCCCGCUCCCUUGCCGCCUCUUUUGACCCUCCCUGCCCCCCUCGCCGUUUCCCACCGCCCGCCAUUCGCUCCUCCCCGCCCGUGCGCUCCCCUCCUUUACCUUCUCCUCCCCCCUCCCCUCCUCUGCUGCACGCCUCUUCCUUCCCCUCGCCGACCCACUCCACUCCCUGCCCCUCCUCAAUCCGCACCCUGCCCCUCCUUCUCCCCUCCCUGCCCCUCCCUCCUCCCCGCCCUGCCCCUCAUUUUCCGCCCCCCCCCCCCCCACGCCCGGUUUCUCCCCUCCCCGCGCCUCCCUUUCUUUCUCCGUGCCUCUCCUUUGCUCCCUCCCUGCCCCCGCCUGCCCAUGCCCCUGUCUUUGGCUUCUCCCCUCCCUGCCCCACGUUUCUUCCCUCCCUGCCCCCCGUCUGCCCCUCCCUUGUUUUCCCCUCACCCAUUGCUUCUCUCCUCCCUGCCCUUGAUUUCCCACACCCCUGCCCUCGUUUCCUAUCAUCCAUGCCCCUCGUUUCCCCCCUUUGUACGUUCAGCCUCUUCCCUCCCUGCCCCUCCCUUCCUCCCCCCCUGCCCUUUGCUCUCCCCUCGUUACGCUCCCUUCUCCCCAUCCCUGCUGCCCUCUUACCACCAUCAGCCCAUCCCCACGACCAGCCCCCCUCCCACCCUUCAAUCCCCCCCUCCCUCUCUCUCUCUCUCUCUCUCUCUCUCUCUCUCUCUCUUUCUCACACACACACACACACGCACACUCCCCUCCCCCACCCCCCCCACCUACAUCCUCCCAUUCUGCCCCUCCCUGCCCCUUUCCCACCCCCUCGCACGCCCCUCACCUCCCACCUCCGUGCAACUGGUUUCCCCCCUAUGGUGCCACCCUUGCAUCGCUCGCCCCUCUGCUCACCCUCUGCCCGCCCCUUUUCCGUGCCCUCAGUUGGCCCAGCCCCUGCCCGUUGCUGCCCCUCCCCUUGCCCCCUCAACUCCCCUGCCCCCGUACACCCCAAGUCCCAUCCAACCGCCCCCACCCUCCCCCGGCUGCCCGUUUCCGCUCUCCACCCACCGCGACGUGUGCGGCUUCCAACCGCCCAACGGUGGUGCGCACGGGGCUCACACCCCCUGCCCCCUCAUGCCAUCCGCUCCCCCCGCCCCUACCCUCCGCGUGCCCGCUCCCUUGCCGCCUCUUUUGACCCUCCCUGCCCCCCCUCGCCCGUUUCCCACCGCCCGCCAUUCGCUCCUCCCCGCCCGUGCGCUCCCCUCCUUUACCUUCUCCUCCCCCCUCCCCUCCUCUGCUGCACGGCAUCUUCCUUCCCCUCGCCGACCCACUCCACUCCCUGCCCCUCCUCAAUCCGCACCCUGCCCCUCGUAUCUCGCCCCCCUAUGCUUGGUUUCUCCCCUCCCUGCCCCUCGCCGCCUUUCCCCGCUCCCCACCUCCCCCCUCUCCCUGCCCCCCCCCACUCUCCCCCCCCCCUUGUCCUUGGCUUCCUACCUCCCUGCCUCACCUUUCCCCCCUCCGUGUGCUCAGCUUCUCCCCUCCCUGCCCCUCCCUCCUCCCCGCCCUGCCCCUCAUUUUCCGCCCCCCCCCCCCCACGCCCGGUUUCUCCCUCCCCGCGCCUCCCUUUCUUUCUCCGUGCCUCUCCUUUGCUCCCUCCCUGCCCCCGCCUGCCCAUGCCCCUGUCUUUGGCUUCUCCCCUCCCUGCCCCACGUUUCUUCCCUCCCUGCCCCCCGUCUGCCCCUCCCUUGUUUUCCCCUCACCCAUUGCUUCUCUCCUCCCUGCCCUUGAUUUCCCACACCCCUGCCCUCGUUUCCUAUCAUCCAUGCCCCUCUCCCAUCCAACCGCCCCCACCCUCCCCCGGCUGCCCGUUUCCGCUCUCCACCCCCGCGACCGUGUGCGGCUUCCAACCGCCCAACGGUGGUGCGCACGGGGCUCACACCCCCUGCCCCCUCAUGCCAUCCGCUCCCCCCGCCCCUGACCCUCCGCGUGCCCGCUCCCUUGCCGCCUCUUUUGACCCUCCCUGCCCCCCCUCGCCGUUUCCCACCGCCCGCCAUUCGCUCUCCCCGCCCGUGCGCUCCCCUCCUUUACCUUCUCCUCCCCCCUCCCCUCCUCUGCUGCACGCCUCUUCCUUCCCCUCGCCGACCCACUCCACUCCCUGCCCCUCCUCAAUCCGCACCCUGCCCCUCGUAUCUCGCCCCCCUAUGCUUGGUUUCUCCCCUCCCUGCCCCUCGCCGCCUUUCCCCGCUCCCCACCUCCCCCCUCUCCCUGCCCCCCCCACUCUCCCCCCCCCCUUGUCCUUGGCUUCCUACCUCCCUGCCUCACCUUUCCCCCCUCCGUGUGCUCAGCUUCUCCCCUCCCUGCCCCUCCCUCCUCCCCGCCCUGCCCCUCAUUUUCCGCCCCCCCCCCCCCACGCCCGGUUUCUUCCCUCCCCGCGCCCUCCCUUUCUUUCUCCGUGCCUCUCCUUUGCUCCCUCCCUGCCCCGCCUGCCCAUGCCCCUGUCUUUGGCUUCUCCCCUCCCUGCCCCACGUUUCUUCCCUCCCUGCCCCCCCCGUCUGCCCCUCCCUUGUUUUCCCCCUCACCCAUUGCUUCUCUCCUCCCUGCCCUUGAUUUCCCACACCCCUGCCCUCGUUUCCUAUCAUCCAUGCCCCUCGUUUCCCCCCCUUUGUACGUUCAGCCUCUUCCCUCCCUGCCCCUCCCUUCCUCCCCCCCUGCCCUUUGCUCUCCCCUCGUUACGCUCCCUUCUCCCCAUCCCUGCUGCCCUCUUACCACCAUCAGCCCAUCCCCACGACCAGCCCCCCUCCCACCCUUCAAUCCCCCCCCCUCUCCUCUCUCUCUCUCUCUCUCUCUCUCUUUCUCACACGCACACACACACGCACACUCCCCUCCCCCACCCCCCCCACCUACAUCCUCCCAUUCUGCCCCUCCUGCCCCUUUCCCACCCCCUCGCACGCCCCUCACCUCCCACCUCCGUGCAACUGGUUUCCCCCCUAUGGUGCCACCCUUGCAUCGCUCGCCCUCUGCUCACCCUCAUGCCCGCCCCUUUUCCGUGCCCUCAGUUGGCCCAGCCCCUGCCCGUUGCUGCCCCUCCCCUUGCCCCCUCAACUCCCCUGCCCCCCGUACACCCCAAGUCCCAUCCAACCGCCCCCACCCUCCCCGGCUGCCCGUUUCCGCUCUCCACCCCCGCGCGCGUGUGCGGCUUCCAACCGCCCAACGGUGGUGCGCACGGGGCGUUUCUUCGCACGGGCAAGCCUCCCCGGGGGCCCCCCACCCCGCUGGGUCGUUUCUCUCUCUCCUCUCUCCUCUUCUCUUCUUCCCACCUCCCUCUUUCUUCACACCCCCUGCCCCCGCAUGCCAUCCGCUCCCCCCGCCCCUACCCUCCGCGUGCCCGCUCCCUUGCCGCCUCUUUUGACCCUCCCUGCCCACCACCCUCGCCGUUUCCACCGCCCGCCAUUCGCUCCUCCCCGCCCGUGCGCUCCCCUCCUUUACCUUCUCCUCCCCCUCUCCCCUCCUCGCUGCACGCCUCUUCCUUCCCCCGCCGACCCACUCCACUCCCUGCCCCUCCUCAAUCCGCACCCUGCCCCUCGUAUCUCGCCCCCUAUGCUUG